CAUAUUUUCGAUGGCCCUCAACGAAUUAUGGAACGAGAGAAUUUAUACAAAGGUGUAAUGGAACAUGUGUUAUUUCAUAAAAUUGCUAUUUAGAGAAACUAGGCUACAACGUAUCUUGCGCAUGAAUGAAAUGAUAUUGUUCAACCCUCGUUGUUUUAUCUCAUAUCAAGAGUGACAGAGUCAAAGACACAAUUUAAUCCUGCUCCACGCUCUUUAUCCGCGCUAUCAUGUAACGCGAACACGGGAAGGGAUUGAUUCCAUGCACAGCGCGGACAACUACAUUUAAUAAGAAAGCCUUUAACGAUCAAUUUGACAUGCAUUAUAGGCCCACUAAAAAUCUACAUGCAUUAUUCUAUUCAUAUCGGAGGCUUAUCGAUGGAGCUUUGUCGUUUCAUUUGAGAGAGGGUUGGGACUUUAUUUUAAAAGUCACUGAAAUCGUAUAUCCGUUUGAAAUGGAGCCAUUUAUGGGACAGACUUCAUUUGAUAGAACCUAAAAUCAAAUUAAAAGGAAAUCAUACUAAGCAGCACAUGGGAUACAAUAAAUGUGUCUGUGUCAGAGCAUUAUGGCCCUACAAGAUAUGAAGGAGAGUGGGUGGUAGCGGACGAGAAUUCUACUUUUCAAUUCAUAUUACAUCCUUGCCUUAACUUCGUUGUGGCUGGCAACGCGACAUUCUUGGUCAGUAGCUCAAAUUGACCAUGAAUAUGACAGUAAAUACCACUAGCCAGUAAGCACAAACUAUUCAAUGAUAAACGUUUCUUAUAAACAUAUUAAACUCUUGUAUAUUGCAACCGAACCAUAUUACACUCUUGAAUAAUGCAACAAUUCACAAGCAGACAAUUAUUGGUUUUAUAUUCCUGUCUGUAGGCUACACGCAUUACAUUUUAGCUUCAAGACCAAAUACAGACUUGCUAUAACAGCAUGUCAUUAAUGUUAGCCUAUCAAAAAUGAAAGAUUAACCCUGUCAUACAAUAUUAAAGUAAGCUACAGUAGGCUAAUAUUACAACAAACCAGGGUUAAUUUUGAACAAUAUCAUGCAAAUCAUUACAUGUGGUAAUUGCGACUGAAAACGUGGGUAGGCUAUAACACCGGGAGUAGCUGUUUAUAUGGAAGUAAAUCAAAUGUCUAAACUAGGGUCCAAAGUUGGUUAGGUAAGCUACCAGAUCAGGAAAAACUCUGGGCCCCAUGAAAACAACACCGCCAUAUAAAGUCCAAAGAAGAAGCCUGAAGGAGGAGAGAUUACUUGAAACAAACUUUUACCCUUUUAUCUGUGGAUUCAUUGUCGGAGUAGAAGACCUUGUGCAUUUCAGUGCCACCAUGUUGACAAGGCUAUUCAGCGAGGUUCUGCCGGAUGUCCAGAAGCUCUCGGGUUGGGUGGAGAACAGCGAGGGCGAGGACUCCAAAACCAAUGAGGAAGACAUGGGUCCCCUGCAAGACGACGACUUGGAUGACGGCGACGCCAGACAGGGAAGCAGCCGGGAUCAGUCCGAGAUGGCUGGGGAUGACGUCGACGAUGAGGACUGUGGUGAUGAGAACGAGGGAGAAAACACAGCCGAAAAGCCCGGGCCAAAGAAACGCAAGAUGACGCCAGCACGAAUUGAGCGCUCCAAGGUGCGGCGUCAAAAAGCCAACGCACGAGAGAGAACGCGUAUGCACGAUUUGAACUCUGCGCUGGACAAUUUGCGCAAAGUAGUCCCCUGUUAUUCCAAAACGCAAAAACUCUCAAAGAUAGAGACGCUGAGACUGGCCAAGAAUUACAUUUGGGCGCUCGGGGAGAUCUUGCGCAAUGGGAAAAGGCCAGAUGUAGUAUCCUACGUGCAGACACUGUGCAAGGGCCUGUCCCAGCCCACCACAAAUCUAGUAGCUGGUUGUCUGCAGCUCAACUCUCGGAACUUCUUGACAGAGCAGUGUCCUGACGGGGCCCGGUUUCAUGUCCCCAACUCCUUUUUCUCCGUGCACCCUUACUCCUACCAGUGUCCCCGUCUGUCUAGCCCUCAGUGCCAACCUGGCUCCAGUCGGCAUAUGAGGACCCAUAACUACGGCUACGGCGACGCGGUCUACCCAGGGGCAAUCUCCCCAGAGUACGACAGCCCAGACUAUGGGGGCCAUCACAGCUCGCCUGUGUGCGUCAACGGCAACUUUUCCGUGAGUCAACAGGAGUGUGGGUCGCCGGACACAGACAUGAACUAUCACUAUGCUAUGCACUACUCUGGACUGUCUGCUUCGCGCGCCACUGCUGUCCACGGACGAGCGUUCGGCACAUCGGGAGCGCGCAGCGGUUCCGCGCACUCUGAAAACGUGCCGCCACCAUUUCAUGACAUGCACAUAUUACACCAUGACAGGACGCCCGUGUACGAGGAACUUAACGUCCCUUACCACAACUGAAUUCACCAAAACCCUAACAACCCACCGGACCCCUAAAUACCCAACUAAAAAUCGUAACGUUAGGCUAUAAUAGCCUAUCCAUUUUGACACUGGAUGAGGUUUUUAGAAAACGGAAGGUGGGGUGGCAGGAAUUGAGAGAGAAAUACCAAUAUUCUCAAUGUUGGUUCUCUGUUUUAUUGAUGUCGUUCCUGAAUUGUCGUUAUGCACAUUUGAAGGUAUGUCAGAAAUCAAUAUUUCCAAUCAAAUGUCGCCGUGUAUGUAUAAUGCGAGUGCACUUAAAAUAAAAUGUGUUACAUGAACGAAACAUCUUAUAAAACAAAAAAUAAAACAAUAUUUUAUAAUUAUCUGACAUGAGGUGGUUGAACAAAUAAAUUAUUUCUGACUUGAGAAAUUGAGUCAAUCUCACUGUAUGCUGAAGGGCAAAAGCUCCACCAUGCAAUCACAAAUGCAUUAUUUGAGUGCAUAACUAUCUAAGUGACAAGAACCACUUUCUGCAUUAGGUUCGUUUCCAAAUCCAAUAUUGAAACGAAAGACAAUUCAUUAAACUGACCAAACGCUUAAUGGGCGUUUUAGGAAUAGGUCUAUAGCCUAGUAUACUGUACACCCUAAAAAAUAAACGUUUCCUGGAAAAUCCUUCGGGGUAAUUUAAAGUAAUCAACCUUUAGAUUCCUGUAGGAACCUUACAUUUAAUUUAAGAACCCAUACUCUGCUAUCAGUUUGUUUUUAAACGUUGUAGACAUAAGGGAUGCCUUGAAUAACCCUGUUCAAAAGAGGGGUUUUGGAACCAGCAGUGCGCUCCUGAGUAAAUGGCGCUAGUGCGUGUAUCAUUUUACAAAUGUGAUCUCACUCAUGCCAGCAAAAAAGACGCGGGCACUAGCUGUCGCCAACCAGAGCCAGGACCAUGGACAGUUCUUCCACACGUGUGCCAUCAACGGAAACGUCACUAAGUACUUAUCCUUUAUAUAACUAGGCAUCACCAACUACCUUGGUUAGCUCGGACUCGCCAACCAUAAUAGUUUAUGCCUAUGUAGGCCUAUUGGAUAUUUAUUCAAUCAUUAUUUAUUGAAGUUCUUGUCUCUCAUCAUCAUUGCAUCUCUGCUAGCUAGCUACCUGCCACUUUUUUGUUUAGCAUAGUAACGUUGAAUGUUUAUCCUGCCCCUGUCCAGUUAAGUUGUAGAUCGUUUGGGUGCUGUGAGAAACUCACCCUCCACAAACAAGGUAAGACACACACAGAGAGAGGACGCAAUCUAGGUUAUGUUAAACGUGCAAAAAUGAAAACAUUCAGAUGUUACGUCUAUCAACUACCCAUGUUGAAUGUGUCUAAUUUAUGUAUUUCAGGCUGAUGUGUUGGGGCGGACUGCUUUGAUAGAGAAAAUCAACCUCAGCUAAAACACACACAAAAUACCAAAUCUAAGUUAUGUUUAGCUUGCAACCCAGGAAACUGUGUUGUAAACCUGACAAAAAAUAUUUCAACCCAUGAUACACUCUUUCAACAUCUCUUUCCAUCUUUCUCCCUUUAGUCCCUGUCUUAUCCUGGACAGUUAAGUGGUGGAGAGUUUAGGUGCUGUAAUAGAGAAAUGUAGCAACCUCCACAAACAGGUAAGGCACACACAAACAGCGAGAGAGAUGACCAAAUGUCGUGAAUGCUCAUGUUUUUUAUGUUGUGUUUGUGUCUAAUUUAUGUAUUUAAGCCUGGGGCAGCCUGUUCUGUCCUCUGUAUUUCAGACGAAAUCAAGACAAUGUGUAAGGCUCUCUAUGGAUCUAUAAAAAGGUUAGCUUCUAUAAAGUCUCUGGGUGUAUUUGCAGUGUGAUUAUAGUGUUCUGUGCCAUUUCUUUGUCUUUCCAAUACUAACUGAAUAGUGAAUUAAUUUACAGUGGGAUUAUUGUGUGUUCUGUUACCCUGUCUUUGUCCUCCAUACUGUCUUGUUAUUAUCACUGCAGCUGAUUGCAUAGCACAUGCUCAACUUUAAUUGAUGAUAAUCAACACCCAUAAUCAAUGCCAUUGUUAUUACAAAAAUAAUUGUUAGUCUACAUGUUAUCUUGUAUGUUUCUCUUAUGUUUUAGGUAUCCCAAUACCCGGCAAAACAUGGGUGUGUGUAUACUCUUUCAAAAGUACUCCUCGUUGAGAGACCAGACAUUGAAGGGAUGUAUAAGAAUUCUUCAAAUUUACUCCUCAUAUUAAUUCACACACUAAAACUUUUUACACCACUGUGCCUACCCAGACCAUGAUGCUGGCUUGGAUAUUUUGUUCUUACAUUGUUUAUUCCGUCACAUUUCCAGCAGCUUAACAAGACCAUCAUCACUGUAAAAAAUGACCCACGUUCUUAGUAAAUAUUGCAAAAGAAAAUCAAUGAUUUUUACUUAAAAUAAAAGGUUUCUGGUUUUACUUCACUUUUUUUAUAUAGUACUUAAUUUAUGUGUUGAAAAUCCAAGGUAAUAUGUGGCUAAAUUUGAACGAAUAUUUCUAAGUAACAAUCAACAACUGAAAAAUAUAUUCAAAGUAUCAUUGUUGGACUGACAUGCUAGUGUAACCAGUGUGAAAUGGCCAGCGAGUUAGCGGGGUGCCAGCUAGUUAGCGGGGUGCCAGCUAGUUAGCGGGGUGCCAGCUAGUUAGCGGGGUGCCAGCUAGUUAAGCGUUUCAAUCGGUGAUGUCACUCGCUCUGAGACCUUGAAGUACUGUAGUUGUUCCCCUUGCUCUGCAAGGGCUGUGGCUUUUGUUGAGCGAUAGGUAACGAUGCUUUGAGGGUGUCUGUUGUUGACGUGUGCAGAGGGUCCCUGGUUCGAGCCCAGGUAGGGGCAAGGAGAGGGACAGAAGCAAAACUGUUACAUUGAUGCUGUUGACCUGGAUCACUGGUUGCUGCAGAAAAGGAGGACUCAAACAAGGUCCGAAAAUACAGUCACUGGGCCUACACAGGGCACACCCUUUAAUUUGUCAAUUUUCAUCUCACAUGUUUUUAGAUUAAUUUUUCAAACUUAAACAUUUCAAUAGCUCCCUAGUCAUGUGACCUACUGACUUCAAACAAGGUCCAGAAUGUCCAAUCAGUGGGCCUACACAUUGCACAUCCUUAAGUUUGUCCUUUAGUUUGUCCAGUUUACCCUUUUCUUUAAUAUUUAUCUACAAUAAUUGGUAGUUCUAAGUACUUAUUUUCCAUGUUUUUUAUUUUUCCACGUUCUUUAACAGCGGUACACAAUAGGAGAGAGACAGAAUAUCUCCUUUCGUCGUUAAUAUGAACCAUAAAGGAAAAGGGCAAAGUAUGAGAGUCAUGCUAUUCAUUGUCCAAAGCAGGGAUGGAGAGUGAGCUGGUGAGGUAGGCUGGUUAAUACAUAUACUGAACAUGUAACCACAGUAAUGGGGGCCAGGAAAUCAAUGAAUAAAAAUGGAAUAUUGACAAAUUAAACAGAAAUUGUAGACCUUUCAUCUUUUCCAACAUGUCAACAGACACAACAUUUCACCGUGUUUUAACUUUCUCUUUAUCCCUGGUUGAUGUACAUUUCAGAGCCUCUUCAGUGUGGAUGGGGUAUAGCAUACAUUUUCAACAACAAAGACUGCACUUCCAGUUUGUGUUCUUUACUCUGUUGAACUCUUGUCUUCAUUCCUAGGCACAGCACAUGGAACCACUGUUAGCAAAACAAAGCAUAGCACAUUAUAUAUAAUAUAAAAUAUCAAUGCAGUAUGACGAAUUAGCCAUACAUUGUGUUAUAUCAUAAAUUGUCUUCCAUGCCGUCAAAAGAUUAUAAACAUGUUAAAUAAAGUUACUAACCCAGUCAGUCUUUGGGCCACAUCCAGGUUCUUUAUCAGUGACAAAAAUGAAGCAGUUGUUGGCUUUGUUGACCGUUCAGGCAUGAACUGAACAUAUGGCUGUCCCACACAACUACAUCAAAAUAAAGAAUUUACAUUUACUUUGUCAUUACAUAACAGACAUUUUUAGUGUAUCCUCAGCCAGUUCUUUAAGCAGUUGCUCCAUGUGUUUUUGAAGGUUCUGUAUCAAUUUGGAAGGGGAUGCUGGGGAUGUUCUGUGUAACUUCCUUGGCCAUCUACACCAAAAAA